UACUUAGUCUUGUAUAUUUAGAACAUCACAUCAAAUCAUUAAAAGGAUAGAAAAGCAAGUCAUUAUGAAUAACUUUGAACUCUUAAAUUGGGUGUUUGCUUUUUCCUUUUGGUCCCUGCUUUCACCAGGAAGAAGUACUUCGUCUGAUUUCAAAUCUUCGCUAAUUCAGAACAUUGUUCAUGGGAACCCAUCCCCCCUCCGACCUUUCUUCAUCCGUGUUCAGGUUAAUAUGGAUCUCGAUACCAAUCGCAAGUGUUCAGGUGCAGUAUUGCACGAGCGAUGGAUGGUCACUUCAGCACUGUGCAUUACAGACAAGUCUGGCAAAAUAGCUGAGCCUGGUCAAGUAUAUGUUGCUGUAUCAAACUUCGAAGGCGGUGUCAUAGGCAGUAGAAAGUUCAAAGUUUCAGACGUCAUUUUACCAGCAAAUUUCAAGUACGAACAGCAAAUAAACGACUUGGCUUUGAUCAGAAUUCAUCAAACUCUUUCUCCAAACCGAAUCAUUGAGAUGUGCCAGCAUUAUCCGGCGUCUUUCGACACAGAAGUUUCAGCUGUAGGACUCGGGUCAACCACUCGCUUUCAGCAUGUUCCGGCGACAACUCUCCAAGAAAUAAAUCUGAAACUAUCUCCAUUUCAGACCCUCAAUCGGAGCAGUUUUGCUGACUGUCCGACAAGCCUUGUUUGCACGCAGACUAUAAUCGAUGAUUCGGGGCUAUGUUAUCAUGACGUCGGCGAUCCCUUGUUUAUGUGGGACUGCCAAACCCAUCGACCUCUCUGUCUAUUGGGAAUUGCCACCCCGACCCUGAAAGAUGAAAGCCCUCUUAGGGACUGCACGGGUCAAGCAGAUUUCACGAGCAUCCCAUUUUUUCAUGACUGGAUUUUCACUCGAAUUGCGCUGAAUAUGGAGUAAAACGUUCAUUUUGAAGGUGACAUGGUUUUCUUGAUUAAUUUAACCCAGGAACUCGAAAAAAAACAACCAGUGCUUUAACUUUUGUUACGUUCUUAUUCAACUUCGAUCUUAAAAUAUUUACGAAAUUGAAUAUAUCAAACAAAAUA